CCUUGAUGAGCUCUGGACGGGCCAAAUCGCGUGCGGACUUUAAGGUGUCCUGGUAGAACUGCUCAACAGAGUCCUGGAUGUUCUUUGCGAUCUGGGUGCGCGUCAAAGCGCCGUUGAUACCGGAUGUGGCCUUGGUAGAGUUGCCACUGUGAUCAUAUAAAAGAGAGAAGAUUACGCAGAUGGCAGUAGGUUUAGAGGUUGGUGACACAAGCGAGGAGAGAAACUCGGAUUAAUUAUCAUUUUUCAAGCACAGUGGCAUGAUUUUUCCUACCCGAAGAAUGGAUUCUUGUCGAGCAGCAAGACGUUGCCGCCGUUCUCGUAGACGGUGUGUGCAGCAGCCAGGCCAGAGAGGCCGCCGCCGACAACAAUGAUUUGGUUCUUCAGAGACAUUUCUGUUGUGUGUGUGUAUACGUGGGCAGAGUGAGGGGGUGGGUGAAAGAGAAGUGUGCGAUGGGAAAAAUUAGCAAAAGAGAAAAAGAGAAUGCAAGGGAAAAAAAAUGGGCCAAUUUUUAUUGCCACAGAGCACUACAGCGAAUACAACGGCCGACACGGGAGAGACACGGGAAACCAAGUAACCUUGAUUUGGAUUGCUGCUUCAUGCCCUGUGUCUGCCUAUGCGUGCUGCGUGUGUACUUGCGUGUGUGUGUGCGUGUGUGUGUGUGGAAGUGUACUACCCCUCCCCCCUCAUUCUCUGGUCCUUGUGGUAAUAAUAGAAUGACCCCCACACCCCCCACCCCCAUUGUUGCCACGACUACGACUGUGAUAAGCCAGUCCAGUAUAGUCGAACCAACAGGACCAACCGAAGCGAACCAAGUAGCUCUCACACACUCAUCACAUCGUCGUCAUCACGGACGAACUUUCUCCACACACGCCCCCGAAUCCCCCGAAAUAAACAAAAAACCACCUGACCUUUUCUUCCCACCAAGUAAUAUCAUUCAUAAAGAAACGCCAACAAAGCCAUGUGCUGCUCCCACUCGCACUGGGCCGGUAGCAUGUGAAAAAGCUGUCGGUUUUUUGUCAUUACUGCUUAUAAAACCAUGCAAAAAGAUGCACACCAUCAUCAAUGUGGCAUGUAUCAAAAAAUAUAUGGUGCCAUGUCCUGGUAUCAUACCAGUAUAUUGGCGGUAAAAAGGGUGUUUAGCAGCCGGUGGUUUCAAAAACCUUACAAAACCUUACAAAUACGAAUUUCUCAGAGCUUAAUCAGUAACCCCGGAUUCACCAGGCAUUUGUACGAGUGUCGUAACUACUGU